CUUUAUUUGAACAAUUCUUCAUUCUUUUUCUCUUUAUACAACCAACCAUUUCUUGCAUAUGAGUGUGAAAAGUAGGAAAACAGAGCUUUGCAAACUCACAAAAACACCUUCCAAGAACCAAAGCCUCACUUGCUUCUCUCUCUACAUAAACCACUCUUUUUUUCUUUCUCUCUCUAUCUCUUCAUUUCUUCAUAACUUCUUACUACAUCACAAAAAAAUUCCGUCUUUUUCUUCUUCUUGGUCACUUGCUUAUUCAAAACACAACCUUUUCAUCACAUAACCAAAUAAGAACUGUAAAAAAAAAAUUAAAAAAAGGUUUUUUCCUCUAGUUUUGCUAGCUGGGUUCACUUAAAAACAUUAAAAAUUUGGUUUGGUAAAGAAAAUGGUGCAUUACCAUCGUUAUAAUCUGUUGAAAAAAGGUGAAUAUCAUGCUCAAGAAGAAGAUAUGGAAGCAUUUGGUUUGGUUUGGGCUAGUUCUGGUUAUUACAAGAGGAAAAGGCCUAAGCUUGUUUCUCUGCUGAUUCUGUCUCUUCUGUGUUGUUGUCUUAUUUUGGCUCCUCAUUUGUUUUGCUCAUCUUCUCCUAUAUCUCUCUUGUAUUCAUUUGUUGUUGAAUCUGAUGGAGUUGUUGCUGGUUUUGAUGUUAAUGCUUCCUUGUGUUCUUCAAUCUCUAAUGGAACCAUGUGCUGUGACAGGAGAAGUAUUCGUUCGGAUGUUUGUGUAAUGAAAGGGGAUGUAAGAACACACUCUGUCUCUUCUUCGGUUUUUCUUUAUACUUCAAGAAAUAUCAGUACUUUGAUUGGAGAUAGUGAUGAAUUUCAACACGAAAAGAUCAAACCAUAUACUAGAAAAUGGGAAAAGAGUGUAAUGGACACAAUUGAUCAAUUAGACCUCGUUUCGAAGCAAGAAAAAUCUGCGAUAGACCAUCGAUGUGAUGUGAAACAUGAAGUUCCGGCUGUGUUCUUUUCGACUGGAGGCUAUACGGGCAAUGUUUAUCACGAAUUUAACGAUGGGAUUUUGCCUUUGUAUAUUACAUCCCAACAUUUUAAAAAGAAGGUUGUGUUUGUCAUUCUUGAGUAUCAUACUUGGUGGAUAAUGAAGUAUGGAGAUAUUCUUUCGCAUCUUUCGGAUUAUCCUGCUAUUGAUUUUAGUACGGACAAGAGAAUUCAUUGCUUCCCUGAAGCGAUUGUUGGUCUUAGAAUCCAUGAUGAACUUGCUAUGGAUCCUUCUUUAGUGAGUGGGAACAAAAGCAUUGUUGAUUUUCAUAAUCUUCUAGAUAAAGCUUAUCGGCCUCGGAUUAAAAGUUUGAUUCGGGCGGAAACCGAACGGGAAGUAGCUCAAAAGAAACCGAAACAGAAAGUACUUGCUUUACCCCCUUCAUCAGAAACUUUGCUAGAGUUUAAAGAGGACGUGCAAGAAUUGAAGUUGAAGAGAAGACCGAAAUUGGUUAUCGUAUCUAGAAAUGCUUCAAGAGCUAUAACUAAUGAAGAUUUGUUAGUGAAGAUGGCUGAAAAAAUUGGAUUCAGAGUUGAAGUUUUGAAGCCUGGCCCGACGACUGAGCUAGCCAGGAUUUAUUGGGCACUUAAUUCAAGUGACGUUAUGAUUGGUGUUCAUGGUGCUGCCAUGACUCACUUUCUGUUUAUGAAACCUGGUUCUGUGUUUAUUCAAGUGAUUCCUCUUGGAACAGAAUGGGCAGCAGAUGCAUACUACGGAGAGCCUGCUAGAAAGCUCGGUUUGAAGUAUAUCGGCUAUCAAAUUGCGCCUACGGAGAGCUCAUUGUAUGACAAAUAUGAUAGAAAUGAUCCUGUUCUACAAGACCCUCCAAGCAUAGCCAAUAAGGGAUGGGAAUAUACAAAAACAAUCUAUCUUGAUAGUCAAAAUGUGAUAUUAAACCUUGGAAGAUUCCAAAAGCGGUUAGUUCGUGCUUAUCGAUACUCCAUCAGAAACACGAAUGACAGUUUUCGUCUCCGUUCGCAUUAGUACACGCGGAAGUACAAAUAUGUCUAGUUCUUGACCUUACCAUUGAUGUAUAAGGUCUGUUUGUAGAUGUUAGUGGAGUCAUUGUACAAUAUACAUGUAAGUAGAAUACAAUAAGCUUCCCUAAUGUGAAUAAGAUACCUGAUGAAAGAACUCCGUGUGUGUGUUAUUAAUACCCGAUGAAAGAACUCCGAGCAAGUUUCUAUA